CAUAGCAGCAGCACAGAGCAGACGGCGUUCGCCUCUGUUUCAUGACUAGGCUGAAAGUCGAAAUGGACAAUGCUGGAUGAUCGCUGGUUUACCGUCAGAUACUGCAUGUUGCUAAUGGAUCUAUUGUCUGACCCAGACUGCAGUAUGGCAGCCACUCCCAUCUUCCUGGGUGCAAUGAAGAUGGCAGAGAGACAGAAACCUUCCCAAGAACAGAAAGUGUGUUUCUUCAGCAGUAUUUAUGGACCAUCUUCUCCUGGUGUCUAAACUACAGCAGUGUUGGACCCGAAAGAAAAGACAGAGGAGAAGAUGAUCUGCAGGAUGCUGCUGCUCCUCAUCCUCAUCUCGUCUGUCUGUGCAACAUUUGUAGUGAAUGUGACACAGAGCUCCUAUCAGGCAGAGGAGAACCACAACAUCACUCUGGAGUGGACCUUCACCACCAAACCUGACGUCUCCUCCAACUCUCUUUUCAUCUACUGUGAACUUAAAGCUGCUCACAAACUCAAAGUCCUGUUUCAUGUAUUUAAAGGUGUUGAAGCCUCCUUGUAUACAGAUGAACAGUUUGUAGGACGAGUCCAGAGUGAGAAAGACGUCCUCAGAGAAGGACGAAUCAGACUUCAUGUGUCCAGACUCAGAACUAAUGACUCAGGUGUGUACGGAUGUCAAGUGAACACAGAUCAUGGAUGGGGCUCUGCCAGCUGUCAGCUCAACGUUACUGAAGCUGCAGAAGAGCUCCCACCUCAGAGACCAACCAUCAGACCACAACCAGAGAGAGGAGGACACAUCUUACUGCUCGUUCUGGUGGGAUGUUGGGUACCAGCAGCAGUUCUUCUGGUGAUCAUUGUUAUCACUGGUUUUGUUAUCAGAAAGAGAAAAAGCAGAGACAAACGAGUUGUUGAGAGUCCCACAGAGACAACCCUAAAACAUCCCAUUUAUCAUCAGACCAGAGAUUCAGUUAAAGACAAAAGACAGUUUGUAUUAUAAACUACAUGCAAACUAUUCUGUUGAUGUACAUGAUGGUUCUCUUCUGGAAGAAUAUGUUACAUCUAAAUUACUGCAGUUUUGUACAAAGACAUCCAAACUGUCACCAUCUGAUUUGUUCAUCCACCACAACUUCAUCUGAUGUUUCAUUCUGCCGAGUCAUGAAAAGCUUCUUCUGACUGAGGAUCUCACCUCCCUGAACAUCACAGAUCCAGAUGAUGACACCUGUAAUGUAGAGUUAUUGUGUAGUUCAAGGGUUUAUCCAUAAAUUGUAUCUAUCAGGUUGUCAGACCUUAUGGAAGUUGUUCCAGUUCACUGUAUUAACAGUUUUUUUUUUCAGAAUAGUUCACUGUGUGUGUAUAUAGUGUAAAUAAAGAGGUCUUAUUUUAUGA